AUGUACCUCAUGGGUUUCCGUAGCGACAGAGGUGGCCUCGCCGGUCGGGAUGGCGUCGCCGGGACCUCCGCCGUCGGCCGCACCCCCUCCCCCGUCGUCUCCCGCCUCUUCCGCGGGGGGCCGCGGCCCGUCUCGCUCUGCCACGUCCUGGGCCUGGUGGCGCUGCUGCCCCCCCUGCUGCGCGCCUGGCGCGUCCCCGCCGCCGGCCCCUCCCAGCUGCCGCCCCGUGCCUACCCCCGAAUCAUCCUCCCGCUCGCCUUUGGCAAGUACCUCGCCUCCAUCAGCGCCCACGUCUCCCUCUGGCGCGUGCCCGUCUCCUACGCCCACACCGUGAAGGCAACUAUGCCUAUCUGGGUGGUUCUGCUGUCAAGAAUCAUAAUGAAGGAAAAACAGACUACAAAGGUGUAUUUAUCCCUCAUCCCCAUCAUCGGUGGAGUUCUGCUGGCAACAGUCACAGAGCUGUCAUUUGACACGUGGGGGCUUGUGAGUGCCCUUGCUGCAACUCUCUGUUUCUCUCUUCAGAACAUUUUCUCUAAAAAGGUACUGAGAGACUCGCGAAUACACCAUCUCAGGCUGCUGAACAUCCUUGGGUGCCAUGCUGUGUUCUUUAUGAUCCCAACGUGGGUCCUUGUUGAUCUUUCUUCCUUCCUUGUAGAGAAUGACUUGAGUUCGAUGGCCCACUGGCCUUGGACCGUCCUCCUCCUGGCCAUCAGUGGCUUCUGCAACUUUGCCCAGAACGUCAUUGCCUUCAGCAUCCUGAACCUCAUCAGCCCGCUGAGCUACUCUGUCGCCAACGCCACCAAGAGGAUCACAGUCAUCACAGUCUCCUUGAUCAUGCUCCGCAACCCUGUGACUACUACCAACGUGCUGGGCAUGAUGACGGCCAUCCUGGGGGUGUUCUUAUAUAACAAGACAAAGUAUGAUGCAAACCAGGAAGCAAAGAAGCACUUCCUUCCAAUGACAACAGGGGACCUUGUGAACCUGGAGCGUCACCGGAGCACGCCUGAGAAGUCUCAGAAUGGACUUGCAUCAUUCACACAACGUGGGGACUUCCAGUAUGGCAGGAACAACGUUCUAACUGAUCACUUUCAGUAUAGCCGGCAAAGCUAUCCAACUGUCUACAACUCCAAUCGGUAUGAUAUAUAGUGUGUGGGGGCCUGUUCGUGGCACAGACUGUUGACGCAGGGUUUCCCCCCCCAGCAUGCCUGUUGGGGCUUCAAAGAGACAUCUUGGCUGCUUGUGUUGCACAAAGGAAGGUCCCUGCGCUAGAAGACUUGAGGGGCCUUUUCCCUCUGAAGUGGAGGCCUCUCUUUACCAAGCAGUUUCUCAAUGGAAACAGGAUGCUGCAGCAAGUUGUGUAGGACAUCCUUGGGUGGAGACUGGCAAAGAAAGCAAGAGCCCCAGUCUUCAUCUCUCUGUAGCUGCUGUGCCCCUGAACCUCUUGGUUGCUGGCAGCUAUGUGGCCAGUAUUUCAUCUUGCAACCUCCCCACUGGAUUGUGGAUUUGCACGCUGCCUUGCUGUUUUGUUCAGAAGCUGCUUUCAGAGUGUAGUUUGCAAAGAGCAGCACUCCUUGUCCCUUCCUCUGUGAAGCUUCUUGACAAAGAGAAGUGAGAGUGGGUAGCACUUAUGAGGUGGGGGCAUGUGUGCGUGAAUAGCUGUCUGUCUCGUCCUCUGGCUCACAUAUCAUUGCAAAGGGGUGUUGGGAAAGGCCUUUGAUGCUUUCAAUUCAGUGUUGGUUCAGGUAUGUAGGAGACAGAACAGUAGCGAGUUCAAAAGAAUCAUGUACCAGAAGGGUUUACUGUCAUUAAUGUGUGAUAUGGACCUCAAAGACUUCUGUUAGUUCCUUUCCCCUUUAAAUCAUGAGAUCCAGCAUCUUUUUCAGUGACCUGAGCAAUAAAACACACUCCUCAUUAAAGAUGCACAUUUGGAACAGUGCUAGCUUAAGCAGUCAUAACCUUAGUGUUAACAUUUUGCAAUGGUGGAGACCUCAGAUGCUGGGUAUUUCCUGGAUUUCUCUCCAUUUUGCAGGAAGUUGUGUGUGUAGGCAUGUUUUCAAUUGCUUUUCAUUAUGGUGUGUUACAGAACUUUGGCAUCUGUAUUGUAACUCAAGUGUAUUUGUUUGGAGCACCUGCUGCUCUUGUUCAGGUUUCUCUUCUUUGGUGUAUCUGGCCGUUUUCUGUUCCCCACCUGGCCCCAAGUCCUGCUUUUGGAGUUGGAGUGUCCAGCCAUUGUAUGGCACUGUUGUGAAUUUAAGCCCAAAUCAG